AUGUUCACAAAGCUCACUUCGGCAAUAUCCUCAUUCACUUCCAAUGGCCCACUACCAUCAGAUCACCAUGAUCCCUCUCGUGCUCAAAGCUACGUGAAACUCGCCGAGGUUCUUGAGCAACACAAAGUCCCGGUAUCCCACACAGACUGUCUAUCAUGUGAUCAGCCUUGUCCACCUGGCUCCUCCGACCGAGCAGGGAUCGUCAUCAAUGGGGAUGCGGAUGCAUGGGAGAAGAAGAGUUAUGCGGAAUAUGUAUUGGACAAGUAUGGUGAUUUGGGAACACUUCCACAGGGUUUCGAUACGGAUUGGGAGAGUGAAUUAGCUGGUUCUGGUAAAGGUGGAAGAGGUAGGAUUGCAGUGAUCUCCACUGGUCAGAGUGAUUGGGAAAGGGAUCAUUAUACGGACAAAAAACUGCUGUCAUAUCAUGUCAAUAAUUUGUUGAACACUCUACCUGAUUUAAAACCUACCAAGAGUGAUCUCACAUACAUCUCACCAUCUGCCAUGUCACCUCCUGGUCAAAUCACCAAAACAAAAGUCCCAAAUCCUUCCAUUUAUUCUUCCUCAUUAAUCAGCCAGUCAAACGAUCCGGAAGAUCAGUCGGUACUAGUCUUUCCCGAUUGGAAAGUGGUGCAUGAGGUGGAGAACUCGGUGGGCGGUGCAAAGGGGUUAUACGAGGGUGCUCUGGAUGGUUCUCUCGGGCGAGCGGGUAGGGUGUCGAAGAAGGAUGCCGAAAGGCAGAGGAGUUGGGUAUUACCGUAUCGUGCUGUUGUGCUUCUGUGCUCGCAUAAACGACGUGAUAAAAAAUGUCACAUAGCAGCACCUUUACUGCGAUCAGCCCUUCACACCGUUCUGGCGAAAUAUGACAUAUCCGUGGACGAAAGUGGUUCUUCUCUUUGCGCAAUGGAUGACCUCCCAUUGGAAAAAGUUCAAGGUACGGAAGAAGAACGAGAAGAAGAGGUGGCUAGAAGAUUGUCACGGAUAGAAGGUGUACAAGGUGGAGAAGGAGGAGAAGUUGGGAUAUUCAAUAUUAACCAUUUGGGUGGACAUAGAUACGCUGGUGUCAUGUUGAUCUUAUUUCCUUCGGGAGCAUACUUGUCGUACGGUCGGGUGACACCACAAGAGAUACCAAGAGUUGUAGAGGAAACUAUAUUACAAGGGAAGGUUGUCCCUGGGUUAUUGAGGAAUGCCGUGGGUGUACAGAGAGAAGAUGGGAAGAGUUUUUUGGGGUGGUGA